GAGCUAUGUUUUGGGACGAACUAAUCUGCUAGAGAGCAGUGUGAGGAUCGGAACGCAUUGUGCGAGCGAGUGUGUGGAGGACAGAUAAGGGAAGAAGCCCGGCAGACCGACUGCUUGUUUUAAUGUGCUGACUCUGGGGAGCUAAAAAAAAAAUAAAAAAUUUGACUCUUCAGUCGUGCGGCGUGAGCCAGGGCACAAGCGCCACAUUUAACAGAGGUGCACCAGAAAACACGGGCGCGAGAGAGGAGAAAAUACAUCCAGCCAGACAGCAUAUAUAGAGGAUUUCUCCUUCCUUUUCUUCUUUUUUUUAAUCUGUUCAUUUUUCUUUAUUUUUUUUUCUCGGGACUAAUUCCCAUUUCCAGUAGAGAAAAAGGAGCCGUAGAGCCACGAGAACGCAAAAAAACCCCACCAAAAAGCGACGAGAAACGAAACACCGCCAACAAGAUGUUUGAAAUCAGCCGAACACUGAAUGCUGCUUUGUUGAGCAAUGAGGGAUCGACAGAGACUCAGUGGCGUCAGGCAGACCUGCCGCAGCUCCAGGGCUGGGCUGAGAAGGGACUGCUGACACAGCCAAAGAUGAUAAUCAGCAACAUGGAGCCUCAGGUGACGAAUGGGCCGAACUCCGCCACGGCCAACGGGCCCUCCAGCAACAGCCGCAGCUGCCCCUCGCCCAUGCAGACUGGCGGCUCUAAUGACGACAGCAAGACAAACCUCAUUGUCAACUACUUGCCCCAGAACAUGACCCAGGAAGAGUUCCGCAGCCUCUUCGGCAGCAUUGGCGAGAUUGAGUCCUGCAAGCUGGUUCGAGACAAAAUCACAGGGCAGAGUCUUGGCUAUGGUUUCGUCAACUACAUUGACCCAAAAGAUGCAGAGAAAGCCAUCAACACGUUAAAUGGACUCAGACUUCAGACCAAAACUAUUAAGGUUUCGUAUGCACGGCCCAGUUCGGCUUCUAUCCGUGACGCUAAUCUGUACGUGAGUGGACUGCCCAAGACCAUGACCCAGAAGGAGCUGGAACAGCUCUUCUCACAGUACGGACGGAUAAUCACCUCCCGCAUUCUCGUCGACCAGGUCACAGGCCCCACAGGUGGCUCGCGGGGUGUGGGCUUUAUUCGCUUUGAUAAGAGGAUAGAAGCGGAGGAAGCCAUCAAGGGUCUGAAUGGACAGAAGCCCUCAGGUGCCGCAGAGCCCAUUACGGUGAAGUUUGCAAACAACCCCAGCCAGAAGACCAGCCAGGCGCUACUGUCGCAGCUGUACCAAUCCCCCAACCGCCGCUACCCGGGUCCUCUCCACCACCAAGCGCAGAGGUUCAGGCUGGACAAUUUGCUUAAUAUGGCCUAUGGCGUUAAGAGGUUCUCCCCCAUCACCAUCGAUAGCAUGACCAGUCUAGUAGGGAUGAAUAUCCCCGGUCACACAGGAACGGGCUGGUGCAUCUUCGUCUACAACCUGUCGCCGGACUCAGACGAGAGCGUCCUGUGGCAGCUCUUCGGACCGUUCGGCGCCGUCAACAACGUCAAGGUGAUCCGCGACUUCAACACCAACAAGUGCAAGGGGUUCGGCUUCGUCACCAUGACGAACUACGACGAAGCGGCCAUGGCCAUCGCCAGUCUGAAUGGGUAUCGGUUGGGUGACCGUGUCUUGCAAGUGUCUUUCAAGACCAACAAGACCCACAAGUCCUGAACUCCCCACUCAUCACUUGUGUAGCUCCUUACAGCUCCUCUAAUACUAAAAACCCACCUCUGCCCACUCAGCUACUCAAAACAGGAACACACCAACCAACAAACCCACAAAAAAGAACUGGAUAUGGCUUAUAAUAUAACUUUGGACCUAUAAGCCAAUGUUGCCUAAGUAUUACAAAAUGACAAAUUGAGAAUAUUCAUUAUUUGGAGACCCUGGAAGUGGUACAGGGAUUCUGUUGUAUAUCUUCUUGAGUUCUUGUGGUUGUCUUUACUUUUUUCUUUUUUUUUCUCUGUAAACAGUAGCAAAACCAGACCGCCCUUAUUUUGAAGAAGAAAAUGUCCUUCUUUAGAUCGAACUCUCUUGGUGUCGAUUCAGGAUUUUUUCUUUCUUUUUUAAAUCCGGAUCCACUGUCGUUAGAAUAACGCCUCCCUGGUAAGAGAACAGGAGGGGGCUCUUUUUAAAAAAAGAAGAAGAAAAAAAAUCGGUGAUCAUUCAUUCAUUUGUUUUGGUGUAAAUUGUUAGAGAUCCCCAAAAUGAAUUGACAGGGAUGAGGCCAUCCCUUUUCUCUAAUGCAGAAGAUGUUUCUAGCAUAGUUUUGGUUUUGUACUGCAAACAAAACACACGUCUGUCCUCACGGGGGAUUCAGGGGGAAGGGGCGAGGGAAGGGACGGGCUAGCGCUCCUGAUGACACGUUGCGUCAAAAAAAAAAAAACCUACACACACUGUUGCCAAAGAGAAAAUCUCUUUGCUUGAAAAUGCGUUUAGAAAAAAUGAAAAAAUAAAGAGAAAGAAGAUCUAUUUUUAUAAAUAAUGAUUAAAAUAAUUAUUGAAGAAUUUUUACAAGAAUCUGGAUUUGAAAAAAGAGAAAAAUAUUUUGACUGGCUAAUUAGGGACGGGGGGAGGGGUCAGGUGCCACCUUGUCUUGUUCGUUCUGCCGUGGUACUUUUUAGGAUCCAAGGUCGUUUGUUUUUCGGGGAGAACCGGAUUGGCGAUGGAAGAAUUUUGUAGAUGGAAGAAUUUAUCAAGGGAUGCAAAUUCAGGCAGGUAAUUUUUCAUAGCAGUAAUUAUUCAACAGCGAUACCCAAUAGGAGAGGGAGAGGGGUCUUCCCAGGCCAACCACAUCUUCACAGUCAAGAGCCCAAAGCAAGGCCACUCAUCGUCCACUCAUUUACGUUAGACCAUCCGUCUUUGGGAUAUAAGUAAUAAAGAUACACACACGCGCGCACACACACACUUCUUUCUCCAUUCGGACGACAUAUACAUGGUUAUGUUUAAUUCACUAUGAUUUUGUGAUAUCGCAUUCGAGAUGUACUUCCUUUAGCGAUCAACAGUAGGUGCUAUAUUACAUGGUUCACAUAUCUUAAAUAUCCAACUUUGUUGUUCUUCGUGUUGUUUAGAGAGAAAAAA